ACACACGGGACCGCACGUAUCUCGUCACGUUUCCUUGCUGCCCAAUGAGCGCUCCGAUCCACGAUGACGCCGUGGGAUUCCGCGAAAUCGUUUCUUGGGAGAGCGAGGACAGAAGUGGAAAAAAAAAGAGGACAAGUUGACACACGUGGAGACACAGAUGGAUACAAUCGCUUAGCCGCCGGACGUGUUGUUGUUGUUACUGUCGAAGCCUGUCGAAAACAGAAGUGGACGCCGGUUAGAAAGGUGUUUAAUUAAUAUUAAUAUUGUCAUCAUUAUUAUUAUUAAAGCGCAGUCACUUUGAGGACAAUAGCACCUUACCUCCGUAUCAUGUCCGAGCUCGUCUCCGCGGACGGGGCUCCGCUCCCGAAAGAGAACCAGGAGAGCCGAACUUUGCUGAUGGUGGCGAUGAUUUUGCUGGACUUGAACAAAUGCCGCCCCGCCGGCGUGGUGGUGAGCGCGGCGGACGACGAGGAGAAGCCGGCCGAGAGGGUCGUUCGCCGGUCGGCCGCGGCGGAGGCAGACGCCGCGGCGGGACCCGGACCGAACCGGCGGAAAAGGAGGACAGGGGAUCAGUCCGCGGAGAAGCGGCACUGCUGCCCGUUCGGCGGCUGCGGGAAGAUGUACGGGAAGUCGUCUCACCUCAAAGCCCACCUUAGGGUGCAUACUGGCGAGCGCCCCUUCGAGUGCACCUGGCCGGCGUGCGGCAAGAAGUUCUCCCGAUCGGACGAGCUGACCCGCCACUACCGCACGCACACGGGCGAGAAGCGCUUCACCUGCCCCAUGUGCGACAAGUGCUUCAUGAGGAGCGACCACCUGACCAAACACGCCCGGCGCCACGCGGGCUUCCAUCCCACCAUGCUGCAGGGCUGCAGCGUGAGCAAGCGGCGGCGCUGCUCCGUCUCCGUGUCGUCGUCCUCGGACUCGGGCGACCAAAGCCCGGCGGGGGUGUGAGGCACGCCCGCGUGUGCGUUGACGCACACGGACACGCCCACUCUCGGGGUUUUACCUUGCACAGCGCUCCGUGUAGAGCUUCUGUCUUUACCGUGUGACAGCUUUUUAUUCAGCAUUGAUCAAUCAAUCCAUCAGGCAGGUUAUCCUUUCUGAUGUACCUCAGAAUAAUACCCACAGCUGUUUUCAGGGUUUGUCCUGUCCAGAGAGUCUGCACCACUUGAUAGCCGAGAAGUUAUGGCGAUGAAUAUCACGCAAACACUAGUAGAGCUGCGAUAAGGCGCAUGUACAGUCCAGGAGCGCAGUAUAACAAUGUAUAUAAAGGGAAGAAUGCUUAUUAGUUAUUAUAGAGAAAUGACAACUACACAGGAUUUCCGAGCUGGCACAAAUGCAUAAUCAAUGCAGCAACAUCACUUGAAUAUACUCUGGUGAUACUACGAUGCACAAGCAAAACGAAUGCCAAAUGCUCGUUCUGAUCCAUGUCAUGGAAAACAUCAUAGCAGGAAAAGCCACGAAAGGUCCGCUUCGUUUGAUUUAAUAGGGCUUGAAACAGUGACCGGGGAACGCAAUGCAUUCUGGGUCUGGCUGGACACUUACUAGGAAUUUCAAUUUUGACUGGAACACCCCUAGAGGUCUGACUUUGGAACGUUCUCACCACCUCCGAGUUGCGCCGGAUGUAAACCAGGCGUUCAAACUCCAUUCAACGGGCGCCUUCAAAUUUUCCACGAGAGACGUCGAUAGUUUUAUUCAUUUUAAAUGUCCGUCAAGUGGGAUUCUACUUUUUUGACUUCAUGUGGAACGAGCGAAUGACUCAAGUUAAUGACCUUCAAAAGAAUUAUGUGAAAAUGAAUGUGCAGCAUUUAUCUAUACGACCCAACGUAGACAACCUUCCCUAGUCAUGGUGAAAGAACAAAAAAAGAAAAUCCCCCAUGGUCACACAUAGCACAACCUGCUCACUUAACUUUGUGGAUAUUCUGAAAAACAUUCAUGCACUAUUUAAAAAAAAUCCAAAAUUACACCCAUUUAAAUCUAUUAUCAAGCAUGAUGGAAAAAUGCAAAACACCCUCCACACUUGGCGCAUUUUAGCUGCUUGAUAUUUGAUUGCUCACAAAACUUUAAGGAGGUUGUCACGGAAGUAAACAAGGUAGGAGUCAAACUUUCACAUACUCCUAAUAUUCAUUCAUAUUAAUGAUUAAUUAUGCAUCCAUUAUAUAUAUAUAUAUAUAUAUAUAUAUAUAUAUAUGUGUGUACAUAUGUAUAUAUAUAUAUAUGUGUAUAUAUAUUCAUGUUUACACCUCCUAGUGGUGAUGUGACAACACAACACCUGUUUUUUGGCUGAGGACUCUUGAUUCGUCAGUUGAAGAGUGUCAAGCUCAUUUUCAUCGAGGGCCACAUUCUUGGCUGCAAUUAGAGGGCCGCUCGUAACAGCAAAUAGUAUAUCAAUAUGCCUAUGCAUCUGAUAAUAAUUUUUAUUUUUUACGUACACUGUAAAAAAAAAAAAAGUAGAUUUUUAAUAAAAACUGUCUACCAGAACCAGAAUUGUAUUUUAUUUUUUACAACCAAUUAUGGUAAAAAAGGAAAAACAUUACCACUGUUUUUUUUUUUGUUCCUUUUACAGAAAAAUGCAGGCAGCUUAGACGCCGAUGUACACUGUAAAGAAAAUGUUAAAAAGACUUACCACUUUUUUAUUUUGGAAACCAAGCUGCCUGUGUUUUACCGUAGUAAAAAAAAAAAAGUGAUCGUUUUUAAAUAAAAUAAAAAUAAUGGUUUACAGUAAAUUUAACUGUAAAAUCUGUUGACAUUUUUCGUGUACAAUUUGAUGGAUAACUUGCUUUGAAAUCAUAUAUGUAAGUAUUUAUUUUGAUGAUUUAAUAUUUUUUGUAAUAAUUGAAUUUAUUAAAGUUUAAAAAAGUAAGCAAUUUCAUGCUGUACAUUUUUUUUUCUGUAAAAAAUUACAAUAAUGAAUAUAUUUAGUAAGAAAUGAUAAGGUACUUUAUUGACGCAUAUUAUUUCCAUGCAUUUGUGGGCCGUAUAAAAUGAUGUGGGGGCCCCGGGGCCUUGAGUUUGACACCUGUGCCUUAGUCAAAUCCAUCUUGUAGCAUAUUUUUAUGUAUUUUUCAGGCAAUCUUUUAUAUCAUUGAGAGUGUUUACUAGUCCGCUACACAAGCCAGACAUCUUGUUAUGGUAAACGUUUCACUUACUUAAGCCACUCAAUGGUCCAAAAACCAUGAGAAAAUAAGCUCUUUGGACAUACUACAAUUUUCUUUUUUUUUUCAAAUGUUUUUAUGACAACUGUGAUGAAAUUUUGGUGCCUUUCAAGUUGAAGCCUUUAUGAUGCUAUUGUACUGUAAUGUGGUAAUAUUGCAUAAAACAGGGGUCACCAACCUUUUUGAAACCAAGAGCUACUUCUUGGGUACUGACUAAUGUGAAGGGCUACCAGUUUGAUACACACUUACAUAAAUUGCCAGAAAUAUCCAAUUUGCUCAAUUUACCUUUAAUAAAUAAAUGUAUGUAUAUAUAUAUAAAAAAUGGGUAUUUCUGUCUGUCAUUCCGUCGUACAUUUUUUUUCCUUUACGGAAGGUUUUUUGUAGAGAAUAAAUGAUGAAAAAAACACUUAAUUGAACGGUUUAAAAGAGGAGAAAACAGGAAAAAAAUGAAAAUUAAAUUUUGAAAUAUAGUUUAUCUUCAAUUUCGACUCUUUAAAAUUCAAAAUUCAACCGAAAAAAUUGAAGAGAAAAACUAGCUAAUUCGAAUCUUUUUGAAAAAAUUCAAUAAAAUUAUUUAUGGAACAUCAUUAGUAAUUGUUCCUGAUUAAGAUUAAUUUCAGAAUUUUGAUGACAUGUUUUAAAUAGGUUAAAAUCCAAUUUGAACUUUGUUAGAAUAUAUAACAAAUUGGACCAAGCUAUAUUUCUAACAAAGACAAAUCAUUAUUUCUUCUAGAUUUUCCAGAAUAAAAAAUUUUAAAGAAAUUCAAAAGACUUUGAAAUAAGAUUUAAAUUUGAUUCUACGGAUUUUCUAGAUUUGCCAGAAUAAUUUUUUUGAAUUUUAAAUCAUAAUACGUUUGAAGAAAUAUUUCACAAAUAUUAUUUGUCAAAAAAACAGAAGCUAAAAUGAAGAAUUAAAUUAAAAUGUAUUUAUUAUUCUUUACAAUAAAAUUUUCUUACUUGAACAUUGAUUUAAAUUGUCAGGAAAGAAGAGGAAGGAAUUUAAAAGGCAAAAAGGUAUAUGUGUUUAAAAAUCCUAGAAUCAUUUUUAAGGUUGUAUUUUUUCUCUAAAAUUGUCUUUCUGAAAGUUAUAGGAAGCAAAGUAAAAAAAUAAAUGAAUUUAUUUAAAGAAGUGAAGACCAAGUCUUUAAAAUAUUUUCUUGGAUUUUCAAAUUCUAUUUGAGUUUUGUCUCUCUUAGAAUUAAAAAUGUCAAGUGAAGCGAGACCAGCUUGCUAGUAAAUAAAUAAAAUGUUAAAAAUAGAGGCAGCUCACUGGUAAGUGCUGCUAUUUGAGCUAUUUUUAGAACAGGCCAGCGGGCGACUCCUCUGGUCCUUACGGGCUACUUAGUGCCCGCGGGCACCGUGUUGGUGACCCUUGGCAUAAGACAUUGCAUUGUAACAAUUAAUGCUCAAACAUUUUAACAAUAAAUGAUUGUCCUUUGUA